CAAAACACAAACACAAACACACACACCCACACACACACACACACAAACACACACACUUCUCUAUCUCUCCCUCUCCUUCUAAUGGAUUCCCCUUCUCGAUCCUCCGUCAUCAUCAUCGGCGCUGGUGUCUCCGGUAUAUCUGCGGGAAAGGUAUUGGCGGAGAAUGGAAUAGAGGACAUGAUAAUUUUAGAAGCUUCAGACCGUAUCGGUGGUAGGAUCCGAAAGGAGAAUUUCGGUGGCGUUUCGGCUGAGCUUGGAGCCGGUUGGAUCGCCGGAGUUGGUGGUAAAGAAUCCAACCCUGUUUGGGAACUUGCUUCUCAAUCUGGCCUCCGCACCUGUUUCUCUGAUUAUAGCAAUGCUCGCUAUAAUAUCUAUGAUCGCAGUGGGAAAAUAUUUCCCAGUGGAGUGGCGGCAGACUCUUACAAGAAGGCGGUGGACUCAGCAAUUGAGAAGCUGAGGAGUCUAGAAGCAAACCUUGACGGUGAAGUUAGUGAACAACCUUGUUCACCAAAGACGCCCAUCGAGCUUGCCAUUGAUUUCAUCCUUCAUGACUUUGAGAUGGCAGAGGUAGAGCCAAUAUCAACAUAUGUAGAUUUUGGAGAAAGAGAAUUUCUGGUAGCAGAUGACAGAGGAUAUGAGCAUUUGCUAUACAAAAUGGCCGAGAAUUUUCUUUUCACCUCCGAGGGCAAAAUCUUGGACAACCGUCUCAAACUCAACAAGGUUGUCAGGGAGUUGCAGCACUCGAGAAACGGCGUUGUUGUGAAAACGGAGGAUGGCUGUGUCUACGAAGCCAAUUAUGUGAUUUUGUCAGCUAGUAUCGGUGUUCUCCAAAGUGACCUCAUUUCCUUCAGGCCUCCCUUGCCCAGGUGGAAAACAGAGGCCAUAGAGAAAUGUGAUGUGAUGAUAUAUACAAAGAUUUUCCUCAAGUUCCCAUAUAAGUUUUGGCCAUGUGGUCCCGGAAAAGAGUUCUUCAUCUAUGCUCACGAGCGAAGGGGAUACUACACCUUCUGGCAGCACAUGGAAAAUGCAUACCCCGGUUCGAAUAUUUUGGUCGUGACGCUGACGAAUGGGGAAUCGAAACGCGUUGAAGCUCAAUCUGAUGAGGAGACACUGGAGGAAGCUAUGGGGGUCCUUAGAGACAUGUUUGGACCCAAUAUACCUAAUGCCACUGAUAUACUUGUGCCCCGCUGGUGGAACAACAGAUUCCAGCGUGGCAGCUACAGCAACUACCCCAUCAUUUCAGAUAACCAAGAUGUUCAUUAUAUUAAGGCCCCGGUAGGACGCAUCUUCUUCACUGGUGAACACACUAGUGAACGAUUUAGUGGUUACGUCCAUGGCGGAUAUCUUGCGGGGAUUGACACAAGCAAAUCACUACUGGAAGAAAUGAGAAAACAGAAGGAAAGAAAAAGUGAGAGUCAAGCAUUUUUAUUAGAGCCCUUGCUGGCAUUGACAGGAUCACUAACACUCACCAGACAGAAGCAGUCCCAAGUCUACACAAAUGUGACAUUCCUACACAACUCUACCUUGGUGGCAAGGUUGGCCUUCAAGAAGCGAUAUUAUGACUAUAUGGACCUACUAACGAAUCCAACUUUGAUGAUGCUAACGAUGAAAAUAUGUUAGAUGAGAAAGAAGAUGGCUGGAUCUCUUUGGAUCCGAAAUCAACCCAGACCCUUCAUGCCCUUCAGAAAAUAGAAUAGAAUGAAAUGGAUAAAUGCAAGAAAACAGGCAGAGGCACGCGACUUGGUGAAUAAACAUUUCCAUCUCCUGCAGCUUAUAUAUCCAUGAAGGUGCCCUGCCUAUUCGGCAUUUUGGAGGUAAUUGUUUUAGGCAUACAUGUGAUGUUAGCUAAUUGGGGUAAAACCUAGAGACAAGAAAGAAGCAUACUUGAUUCUAAUUGUACCGGUUACUUGUUUAUACAAGAAAAACCCUUCCAACUCA